AUGGAGCGAUACCCCACCCCCCCAUCAACCAGCUCCCCCAAUCUCCACGACCACGCCCAACACGACAGCCCCAACAACUCCCGACAACGCAACUCAGCUCCACAAGGAACCAGCGAACCAUAUCCCUACCUCCCACACCCACACCCCGACAUCGACACAACCCACCACGACAAAAGAUCCACCAUAAAUUCCUCCUUCACAAACGCAUCCACCAUCGUCCCCGCCUCAACCGAAGCAUACCAAACCACCAGCAAACCACCGCUCGAUUUCUACGGCAUCACAUCGCAAGAUGCAUCAUACAAUAUUCCUCCCCGACAAGCUAGUUUCCCCAUCCCCAACCCCAACCCCGUCCCCGAUCUCUUCAAUGCCAAAACUUCGCUAGAUCCUCGCGCGAAAGGUUACAGUUAUAGUGAUAACACCAAUAGCCAAACAAUUCCUCAUCGACCAGCGCAAGAAACCUAUUGGCAAACAACUUCCGACCCCGUCUCCCCCUCCACCCAAAACCAAAACCAACCCCAAAAUCAACCUCAACACCCUUACACCGAACAAUUUAACCCUGCCUACCCCAGCCACCCUGGUCCCCCUCCCCGCCGCUCCAGCUCCCCAAUUCCUUACAUGCAUCCCUCCACAAGCGACACAAACCCCAACCCAAACUUCAACCCAAACCCCUACUACAACCCCCCACACCAAACCUCGCAACCAUAUCCCAAUCCCCAACCUCAACUCUAUCCCAACCCCCAAUCGCAAUCCCAACCUCCAUCCUACCCCACCCGCCGACGCUCCUCCCCCAUCUCCACCCACAUCCCCAACCGCCUAAACUCCCCAACCAAACCCUACUCCCCCUCGCGCCCCAAGCCCCGCCCCGGCCUCCUCAAACGCCUAACCCAACGCCUCAAAUCUCUCCUCCGUUCCCUCCUAACCUGGAUACGCCACAACCCCAUCAAAACCAGCCUUCUCACCUUCAUCCCGCUACUCCUCGGCGCCGGCGUCGUCAAGACCGUGCGCGGAGUAAAGCGUUUCCUCGGAACACGCGCUUCUAAAAACAAGGAGCGCAAACGCAAACAUAAACUUGGAGGACUACGUAAUGAUGCGAAGAAGAUGGAGAAGAAGUGGCACGAGGAGGUAUUUGGGGACUUCAAGGGAUUUGCGGGGUCUAAGGGGGGCCCGCUAGAUGGGUUUUUGAAAAUUAUGCAUAUGUUGGUGUGA